AUGACGGACGGGAUCCUAGGGAAGGCAGCCACAAUGGAGAUCCCCAUCCAUGGGAACGGUGAAGCUGGGCAGCUUCCUGAGGAUGAUGGGCUGGAGCAGGACCUCCAGCAGGUGAUGGUGUCAGGACCCAACCUCAAUGAAACCAGCAUUGUGUCUGGUGGCUAUGGGGGCUCUGGUGAUGGACUCAUCCCCACAGGGUCUGGCCGCCAUCCACCUCACAAUGCUACUCCUGCUGGCCCUGGAGAUGAGGUGGCCCGGGGCAUCGCUGGAGAGAAGUUCGACAUCGUCAAGAAAUGGGGCAUCAAUACAUAUAAGUGCACAAAGCAGCUGUUAUCAGAGCGAUUUGGCCGAGGCUCCCGGACUGUGGACCUGGAGCUGGAGCUGCAGAUUGAGCUGCUGCGUGAGACGAAGCGCAAGUAUGAGAGUGUCCUGCAGCUGGGCCGGGCACUGACAGCCCACCUCUACAGCCUGCUGCAGACCCAGCAUGCACUGGGGGACGCCUUUGCUGACCUCAGCCAGAAGUCCCCAGAGCUCCAGGAGGAAUUUGGCUACAAUGCAGAGACGCAGAAGCUGCUGUGCAAGAACGGAGAGACAUUGCUAGGGGCUGUGAACUUCUUUGUCUCUAGCAUCAACACAUUGGUAACCAAGACCAUGGAAGACACUCUCAUGACUGUCAAACAGUAUGAGGCUGCCAGGCUGGAAUAUGAUGCCUACCGGACAGACUUAGAGGAGCUGAGCCUAGGCCCCCGGGAUGCAGGGACGCGUGGUCGACUCGAGAGUGCCCAGGCCACUUUCCAGGCCCAUCGGGACAAAUAUGAGAAGCUGCGGGGAGAUGUGGCCAUCAAGCUCAAGUUCCUGGAAGAAAAUAAGAUCAAGGUGAUGCACAAGCAGCUGCUGCUCUUCCACAACGCCGUGUCCGCCUACUUUGCUGGGAACCAGAAACAACUGGAACAGACCCUGCAGCAGUUCAACAUCAAGCUGCGGCCUCCAGGCGCUGAGAAGCCCUCCUGGCUAGAGGAGCAGUGA